AUGAAGAAUUUUGAGAAGAAGAAUGCACUAUUAUUGCUUGUUUUGCUAACUGUUACAGAGAAGCUUAACUCACUUUUAUAUGAAGAGUCAACCUUGGUCAAUAGUUGCGUACUGAAGAUGAAAAAAGCAUACAACCUUACUGGCAGUGCUUGUUUCAAUGAAUCAUGUGUUGCUUGUUGUGGCAAGGAGUCGCAUCGUGGUAUGGGUUGCGGAACAACAAUAGAUUAUGAAUUAUGCGGUGACGUUGGCGAGUAUGUGUUUUUUGAUGGAUCACAUCCUACUGAACGUGCAAAUAUUAUACUAUCUGACUUCCUAUGGAAUGGAAGAUUAAAUUUCACAUGGCCUGUUAACAUGAAGCAACUUUAUGAACUCAAUUCCGCCACCAACACCAUGGAGAUUUCCUCAGAAGAUGAAGGAUUGUAUUUCAUUGAUGCAUAA